UUGUUCCUACGUUGUUUGGAAUAACUGAAAACCCUUCUUUAAUCAUUGGGAAAACAAAAGAAACUGAAUCUAAGAUAAAGCUGCGUGAGCUUGGGGAGAUAAGUCUGCAAAGUGUUUGUCUGAAAUUUGUAAAACACUGAUCUGUUGCAAGAUGAUGGCACCUUGCUUGUUCACAGAUAUUAAAUACCUUUAAACAAAGCUUUAAAAAAAAUUACCUAGGGAAGUCUCAGCUGCUGUAACUUCUUCAUGUUGGUAUACCGGUUGAGAGAGAGAGAAUACCCAGAGCGUGUUGUCUUUGUGUUACGACUUUGCUUCUGAGUGAGUUUGGGAGACAGACCUUGAAGGGUGCGUUAUACUUUGAUGAAAGUGUGUGUUGUUGCUGAGAAGGACCACCAUCAUGUUCUUGGUAUUGUGCUUUUUUUCCCUCCUCUUCCCCCCUCUGUCCCUAUCCUAAAAGCCCCCUAAAUAUUCAUGUUCUUCCCUUUUCAUUGUGCUGUUUUGAGAUCUUGUGGUCAUCUAACCACAAAAGGAAAUGCUUUCCGUUGGAUCAGCAAGAUGAUUCAACCCAAACUGUGCAGUCAUACAAUCCCCAAAUCUGGUGUGAAGGGGAGAGCAGGAAGGUGCAGACAAGGGGAGAGAAGCGCUGUCCUGUUGCUGGGAGCUUUUGGGUAGAGUGGUUUAAAUAUAUUAUGAAGUAUCACCCCUAGUUUCAGAGGCUUGGAGAGGGGAAGAAGAGCCUAUCUUCAUCCUGGGCCUUCCCACCCAUCUGCGGUGUUGUGUAGUUCCAGAGACGUCCUGUGGCCGCAUGAGGAACAGCCCAGAUCAUGUCCCUUGUUCAGGCCUGUGAGAUCCAUCAGGCUUUAAUUAUAUUGCCCUCAGGUGUGGCUGUGCUAGGAAACCAGAGAUAUGGUGAAUUCAGAAACUAAGUGCCAUAUGGUUUGCGUACUAAAGAGCUUGGAUAACUUACUGUUGUGAAGAAAUCCUGUGCUCCGUUUCCCCCAGCAGCCUCAGGAACAGCUGUGAACUAAACUGGAAAGAGCAAAUCAUAUGGAGAGAAGAUGAACUUUUUUCCAUAAGCCUGUGGCUGUGCUAGGCACUUUACAAACGUUAAAAGGGCAACUGCCUUCUCCAGAGCACUUUUAAUCUCACUUAGAUUUAGCAGUCUCUUGCAUACCUCUAGGAAUCAUAGGCCUAUUGUGUGAGUAGGUGCUAUAAAAGCAGCAGGAAGUAGCUGUUGUCCUGAAGGACUUGUAGUAAUAAAGAAGAGAAUCCAAGGGGAAUACAUUUGGAUAUAGCAUACACACAGUGACAGAAUGAAUGUUGCCCGCUUAUUGCAGGAAUCUUUCAUGCCUUGAAAAGAAAGGAGUGACAAAAGGAAGAUACAGUGUUAUGGUGGGAGGUGAACAGGAAUUAUGUAGUCAUUUAGAUCUUAAAAGUGCAGAGGCACGAGGAGCAGAAUUCAGAUUCUUGAAAGGUGUUUGUUCUGCCUGUGUUAAUUCUGUCGCUGUUAUUGAUAGACGGAUGUUGGCUUGGUUUUAAUUGUGGUGUAGCUCACAAUUUGUACUCCCUUAUAACUUCGCCUUACUGAUAAAAGGAACUAAAGUAAGGAACUAAUAUUUUCUAAAGAUGGGAGGCUCAAAAUAUUGACAGCUCCUUCUUGCCCUGUCUCUUAUCAAUUCUACUGGAGAAACUCUAGAUGAUACUGCCUCCAAAUCAGUGUGUGCUUACCUACAAGAUGAAAGAAGUGGUGAAGAGCAUGCUGGAACAAGAGGGAUGUAAAUAGAGAAUGGAAGAGGAGCAGUUAUGGGUCAUCAUAAGGAAGCAAAUGGUCAGAAUUUCUUAGUUGUUGGCUGCCUGUCGAUUGUUCGGCCACCCCUCCCAGCCCAUGUGGCUCUCCCCAUGCUCCAAGAGUGCACCUGGUGCCCAACGCAAUGUGUGUUUGUCAAACCAUGGAAGUGGGCAAGUAUGGCAAGAAUGCCACUCAAUCUGGAGACCGAGGGGUCCUGCUGGAGCCUUUCAUUCACCAAGUUGGCGGCCACAGCAGCAUGAUGCGCUAUGAUGACCAUACUGUCUGCAAGCCCCUCAUUACCAGAGAACAGCGCUUCUAUGAAUCUCUACCCCCAGAAAUGAAGGAGUUCACACCUGAGUACAAAGGUGUGGUGUCUGUCUGUUUUGAGGGAGACAGCGAUGGCUACAUUAACCUGGUGGCAUAUCCUUAUGUGGAGAAUGAGGCUUUGGAACAGGAUGACAUGCCAGAGAGGGACCAGCCACGACGCAAGCACUCGCGUCGGAGCCUUCAUAGAUCAAGCAGUGGCACUGAGCACAGAGAGGAAAAACCUGGCCUGGCCAGUGAUGGCACUGAAAGCAGCAUCCAGGAAAUGAAGAGUCCCAGAGUGGACUUGCACAUCCAUUCAGAUGUUCCAUUUCAGAUGUUGGAUGGGAACAGCGGUCUGAGCUCUGAAAAGAUCAGCUAUAACCCCUGGAGCCUGCGGUGUCAUAAGCAGCAGCUGAGCCGCAUGCGAUCUGAGUCCAAGGACCGAAAACUCUAUAAGUUUCUUUUGCUGGAGAAUGUGGUGCAUCAUUUCAAGUUUCCCUGUGUACUUGAUCUGAAGAUGGGGACCAGACAGCAUGGAGAUGAUGCCUCUGAGGAAAAGGCUGCUCGGCAGAUGAAGAAGUGUGAGCAGAGCACUUCCGCCACCUUGGGUGUGCGUGUGUGUGGGAUGCAGGUCUAUCAGCUGGACACAGGGCACUACUUAUGCAGGAAUAAAUACUAUGGACGCGGUCUUUCCAUCGAGGGCUUCCGCAAUGCCCUCUACCAGUAUCUCCACAAUGGCCUGGAGCUGCGCAAGGACCUCUUUGAGCCUGUCCUCACCAAACUCCGAAGUCUGAAGGCAGUUUUGGAGAGACAGGCCUCCUACCGCUUCUACUCCAGCUCCCUUCUCAUCAUUUACGAUGGGAAGGACAGCAGGGCAGGGAUGCGCCUGAAGCAGGUAGACAGUUCUCUCCCUGAGAGCCUUCAGGAUGGCAGUGGCACAGAGCCCAGCUCCUCCGCCCAGCCCAAGGUGGAUGUGCGUAUGAUUGACUUUGCACAUAGCACGUUCAAAGGCUUUCGUGAUGACCCCACUGUGCAUGACGGACCUGAUGUGGGUUAUGUAUUUGGGCUGGAAAGCCUCAUCAACAUCAUGGAACAGAUGCGCGAGGAAAACCAGUGACCCUGGGCUACGGCCUCUCAUUCUUGUCCUGGUGGCAGGAGCAAAUAAGACCACCUACUACCACAGGAAAAAGCAGACUACUUUGGUUUUAAACAAUUGUAUUGCUCCAUUGUUUUUAAAUGUACUUGGAUAGAGCUAAGGGGAGGCAGGACGGAAGAGCUCCUCGUGUCUACCAGAUGGCUUUGACUGCACUUGCUCCGCCUUCUGGCGGAGACUCCAUAGAUACCUGCUGGGCAUUGGGCGUCUUGGGGCAUCACUCAUCGCGUGUGCGUUCUGGAGGGAGGAUCUGGACAUAGGAAAGAGAAAGCAGGAGAGAGCAGGGCUCUUCAGGGGGCCGGAGAGGGCUGAAGCUCUGGCCUGGGGAGCCUCUUGUCUCAGGAGCCCCCAGGAGAGCCUUUAGCUUGAAACUCUCCUGGAUGAUUUGCAAAGGGUGCUUGAGUAAAAGUCAGCAACACCUGCGGGGCUGACAGUGAGCAGUACACUUGUGUUGGUCUGUGUGCUGGGAGCAUUUGGUGUUGCUAGCUCUGCUGUGGGUAUUGCCAACCAGGAGCUUUGUUUCUGGUGUUGCCUUUUUCUUACGUUUGGGCACUGUGAAUAAUCAACUCAAACGUGGAAAUAAAAUGACCAAAUGCAACCUGUGGCAGAGCUGUGGCAGGGAGGAAGUGCCACGUGCUUUGAGUUGCGCUUGAGCCCGGUGCCUGUUCGCCUCCCCUUCCAUCUUGCGCUACUCCGGUGGACGGGGUGGCAUGGGCAGGCCUGCAUACAGGCAAGCACAGAGGCUCUGCAAGAGUAACUGCCUUGGACCACUGACCAAGCAAGAACUCAGCUCAUGGGCUAGCAAUAGUAUCUGUAGCAAGUUAAUGCGACCCCAGCUGUGCAGUGGGGCGUUCUGGACCAUUUCAGUCUUUCCCUUUGUGUAAUGUUGGUCCUGCAGAUUGUAGGCAAGUAUCUCCCUAGCAACACAGAGCCCAGGUACUACAGUGGAGACUCUUUUUCCUGGAGCUGGACCCUCUGCCAUACAGCCUCUGCUCUUCUGACAAGUCCUUGCCCGGGGAUGGUGAAAGAGAAGGCUGAGGGUUAGGGCUGAACCCCUGUUCUUGCCUCUGAGGUUGUCCAGUGGGGUGGGUAAGCAAGAGGGACCUUGGCUGAGUGGUGGUUGUCGUCUCUUGACUGGCUUGAGCUUUGCUGAAGUCGGUCUUUCCCCAAAUAAUCCCUUUUGUGGAUGGAAGAGCAAACCAGCUGGGACAUGAAUUGCUGCCUGGCCUAGCUCCUGUAGCCGGUGCUUUACUCAUCAGCCUCCCUUGAUGAGGGCAUUAAUGAUUGAUACCCUGGCCUGGUUGUCCUGAGGUUAGCUGUGCCCAGGUCUGCAUCACCUAAGUGUGUUUCUGUGCUGGUACUCCCUCAUUGCUUCUUCUGUGGUGUCAUUCUGACUUGUUCCAUGACAUUACAGCAACUGGCUAAGCAGCUCUUUACCUAGGUAUCUGCAAGGCCAGGAUUCUUUCAUUCAGGAAAACGUCUUCUGGGGAAUACUUGCCCUGCAUGUAGCAUGUGUACAGGCUUUGUGUAUGGGCAGUCUGCUUGGAAAGUGUUUGUGCUCAAGGCACCAGCAGCUGUAACUGUUGGAGCAGGUGGAGGUGUGAGGCACUGGAUGUGGAAGGGGGCUGGGGAAGUGCUAGGUUUUGUCCUAAAACGUACCUCUCUGCCUGUCUCCUGGCUGCAUGAGAGCUGCUGGUCCCCUCCAGCCUUCUGGAUGAGGAUGCUCGUUCACACCACUCUUCCCUUUGGGUUACUUCUUCAUCACUUCUGUGAGUAGCUGCAUGGCAAGGCCGAGCUCCUGUGAUUUUUCAGGAAAAAGGUUUGCAAGAGGGAGUGAAGUUGUUCAAGCAGCUGGAAUGAAAGAUGCCUCUAGAAAAGCCACAUUAACAUCCUUGGCUCUGCCUGACCUUAGUGCAGCGAGAGGGCGGUUUCAUGCAUUGCAACCAUCUGUGUUAAUGUCCUCACUUCCUGUGGGUUUUGUUCUGGGAAAAGGCAUAGUGACCAGGGCAUUGCCUCCUGAGGGAACAUCUCCACGUAGUACAAAUACUGAUUCUUAGCAUUCCCUUUUGCCACUCAUUGCAGUCAUGUUUUCUCCUUUUGUUAAGGCUCACUCCUUCGUGGCAGUCCUAGCACUGAAAGUGUAACUGUGCUCUUUCCUUUGGCUUCUGGGUGCGUGGUAUAUCUUGGGUUUAGUCCAGUGUCACACACACACCCCCCUUCCCCCGCCCAUCCCUGCAUGUUCUCCAUGUUCAGACUGAAGAAGCUGGGCUGGACUGUAAGGGAGCAUGUGUUUUCAGGGUGCAGGCAUCUUUGCUAGUAGUGAGGUGUGAAGGGACACAGCAUGCUUCCUGCGCUCCUUUGGAGCGGCCUUUCAAAUUCCCUUUGGACCAUUGAGAUGAGAGUUCCACAGCUUGUAAAUAGCUUUGAAAACAGUUUGUUUUUACAUGAAUAAUCACCCUGUUUGUGUUUCACGGAGAACCAAAAAAAAAUUAAAGGAUCUGUUUUUGUCCA